AUGUCACGGCACUUCCGCGUUUACAUCCCCAUUCGUCUGGGCCUCCUCGUGCUCCCACUAUGUUCGCUCGCGCUGCUCAGCUUCCUCGCAUAUGUGUUCUGGGCUACGGUGCAAGGCUUCCCGGAUAGCACCUACACGCACACUACGAAGAUCGCCAUCUCAGCAUCAGCGGUCUUGGUCACCACGCUCGCGCCGUUUUCCCUAAUAGCGAUCCUCGCCGCCGCCACACGCAGCCUGCACAUCACGCGCACGUACUGGUACAUGUCCUGGCCCCUGGCCCUCUUCGCCCUUGCCACUACCCCCGUCGUGAUCAACAUCGCCUGGGACGAGCAGACCUGCCCGCUCAUGGAGACGGGCGGCGGCGUCCGCCCGGACUGUGCCUUGUUGCGCGACACGCUCCGCGGCGCGCCGUCCGUCAUUGUCACGGCGCUCAUGGGUACUGCCCUCGUUCUGCAAGUCUAUAUGAUCGUGCUUUCGCGCCGGUACAUCGAGCAGCUGGAGGAGAGCAGAGAGGGGAGGCGGGGGCAGUACAUGCGCGUGUCGACGGAGGUCGGCAAGGACCUGUUCGAUGCACACGAGCCAUAUCCGUAUGCGGAACCGUACAGCGCCUUCAGGCACUCGGAUGACACCGCAUAG